GUGGAAAUAUCAACACUUCAAACCAAUAUAUCACCAUCAUCCCACAUCCGAGUUCCUUGCUCGGUUUAAAAUUGUCCCUCUGUCUUCCUCCACUCCUCCCCAGUGCUUAGUAUCCUUUGCUCGCCCCCCCUUCCUCAACGCAGCCCUCCAUACCGAGGGCUAUUGGCCCAUCUCUCCCCAAAAUGUUUCGCCCCUCUCAGGCUCUACUGUACCAACAGAAACGCAGCCUGCUUAGCAUACACCAGCCACUACCUUUAAGUGACAAAGACGCACACAAACUCCUUGGCCUCCUCAAAACAUCUUUUCGAAAACAUCUCGACUCGGAACAUGGCCCGCCCAAGUCUGCAAUGGCUGGGACGAGUGCAAAGUCAGGCACCCCUCACAUGCAAGGCAGUCGUCACACGACGCAGCAUUUUCAAUCCAUCCUCACAAACCCCCUGAUAGCAAAGCCUCAGGUCACUCGCGGUCGCCCGCUGCCAAUGGACAUAUUUACGCACGCCGUGGCAAAAGGAAUGAUGACACUCGAGUCGGCAACAAACUGUCUUUGGAUGGAGCAGAAAAGAAUUCGGGCGGCUCCUUUUGCAAACGUUCGAGAAGGAAUGAAAAUUUCUGGUGCUGGUCUUGUGGUAUUGAAGUGGGUCAUGUCCAACGGUUGGGCAGAGGACCUUUCCUUUCUUGCGAAUGAAAGGUUCACAGGGAUAUUCAUGUAUUUCCUAGUUGCCGAAGGGUUACAAGACGUACUGGUAAGAGAACUCUUUUGCUUUUGUAACUUCACAGUCUACCCAACCGUAAACUUGUAAUGCCGCUUUCGGCAAUCCGAGACUCUAUUGCCCCACGAAAUAUCGGUGGAGGGUUUUGCUGACUUGGGUUUCCAAUUCUAGUGGAAAUGGAUGAUGAAGUAUCUGACUUCAAACUUGGAGAAGAUACAAACAGAACUACGCCAAAGAGGGAUGAGUGGGUCCUUGAACGUGGUUUUCAAAUCCUUUCUACGGCAACUUUCAAAGGCAGAAACACGAGAUAGUGUGUGCCUUGAUAAUGCCUACCUCCAGCUUGGCAGAGCCUGUACUAUCCUUGAAGACCUUGGCUUCCAAAACGACGAUAGAGAUGUGUUGAUAGCACAUGCUCAAAAAUAUCUCGUUGGGGCGACGAUUGAGGGUCACUCCGUCCGUCCACAAGCUUCUGAGAAAGCUUAUGCAACACUACUUGAUACUCUGCCAGGCAAACUCAUGUUUCAUGUGGGCAGUGAAAUUCAAAUGGCACAUCUUCUCCUUCUACAUCCUACUCAGCCAUCAGUAGAAUCUGCGCUAGAUGUACUCUCUAGCUGGCAUGAGUUGCAAGAGAAGGCGACAGUCUCUACCCCAGACCUUAGGGGCUCUAACCAGCUUGAUAUACCGGCCGGAACCAUCAGAGGUGUCUCCUCUACUACUAUGGGCAUCAAUCUCGGUUUCGACGCCACCAAAUUUUUGCUUGAUAAAGAUAGAAUUGCAGAAGCAGAUUGGGUCAUGAAAUUUCUUCGAGAGACCUUCCCCAAAGAACUUGGGGAGGCGAGACAAAAGGAGCUUGACGUAGCAGCGGCCGAGGCAUCAAGUCUUGAAUUUCUCGAUUCUCUUCGUCUGACUUAA